GGUUGAAUAACAGCGCUAGCUAGCUAGGUUAUAGUAAACAAACCCAUGUACACCUUACAUCAUUCAUUUUGAUAAUUGUUCGCCUGUCAUGUUAUCAAAUCAGCGAUCCUAGCCUUUAACAUGGCAGCUUUAUUGUUGCUUCAACGCGCUGGUGUUUGUAAGAACUACAGCAGAGAGUUAUUGAGGACUUUGAGGAGGCACAGCUCGAAAGUGUUAGCUAGUGAGGCAAAACCUAAAGGACCUGUAAAGUGUUUGUACUUCAACUGCUCUGACUUACGGACGAUUUCAAAUUCGCCGGAACAGAAGCUCAUUCAGUGUCUGCUGCGCACACGACUGAAUCCUGGUUUGGUUGAUCUCACCAAGGUGAUAGUCCGAUCCAACCUUCUCAGAAAGCAUGUUGGUUUAAGGAAUCUCUUAGGUUCCACACAUUUCUUCAGUACAUCACAGUCUAAACAAGAGAAAAAUGAAAGCAGUGGGCCAAAAGGGAAAACACCAGAAGAAGAUGAAGAGGAGAAAAAGCGAGCAGAACAGACGAACAGAGCACGGCUGCGGAACAUACUUGUCAUCAUUUUUCUCAGCUUUGUGUUCAACUCCUUGAACACCAAUAGUAGAAACAUCUCAUGGAAUGACUUCAUCAAUGAGAUGUUGGCCAAGGGAGAAGUGUCACGUGUACAGGUGGUUCCGGAGAAUGAUAUUGUUGAAAUCUACCUUCACCCUGGAGCUGUCAUUUUUGGUCGGCCUAAGAAUGCCCUGGUGUACAAAAUGCAAGUGGCCAACAUUGACAAAUUUGAGGAGAAACUGAGAGCUGCGGAGGAAGAGCUGAAUAUUGAUACAAAAGACAGAAUACCAGUUUUAUACAAGCGGACUGGAUUCUUUGGAAAUGCUGUUUUUGCUAUUGGCGUUACUGCCAUUGGUUUUGGCCUUCUAUGGUUCUUCCUUCGUGGCGCAGGUGUGGGAGUUCGUGAAGGUGGCUUCAGCGCAUUUAAUCAACUUAGAAUGGCAAAGUUCACCAUUGUGGAUGGAAAGUCUGGAAAGGGAGUGAGUUUUAAAGAUGUGGCAGGGAUGCACGAAGCAAAAGUAGAAGUGAAAGAGUUUGUCGACUACCUCAAGAACCCAGAACGAUACAUCCAGUUGGGGGCCAAGGUUCCAAAAGGCUCGUUGUUGCUCGGACCACCUGGCUGUGGCAAGACUCUGCUUGCCAAAGCUGUUGCCACUGAAGCACAAGUGCCUUUCCUUGCAAUGGCUGGUUCCGAGUUUGUGGAAGUUAUUGGGGGCCUCGGCGCUGCUCGCGUGAGAAGUCUUUUCAAAGAGGCUCGUGCUCGAGCUCCCUGCAUUGUUUACAUCGAUGAAAUCGAUGCUGUGGGGAAGAAACGCUCGACCAACAUGUCGGGCUUAUCCAACACUGAGGAGGAGCAGACACUGAACCAGCUCCUGGUGGAGAUGGAUGGAAUGGGGACAACAGACCAUGUGAUUGUUCUCGCCUCCACCAACAGAGCAGACAUAUUAGACAAUGCUUUGAUGAGACCAGGCAGACUGGACAGACACAUCUAUAUCGAUCUACCAACGCUGCAGGAGAGGAUGGAAAUAUUUGAGCAACAUUUGAAAGUCUUGAAGCUCACACAGCCAGCGAACUUCUACUCGCUGCGCCUGGCUGAACUCACUCCAGGCUUCAGUGGUGCUGACAUUGCAAACAUUUGUAAUGAAGCAGCUCUGCAUGCUGCUAGAGAAGGACAUAAGUCCAUACACACCUUUAACUUUGAGUACGCCGUGGAGAGAGUGAUAGCAGGAAGUGCAAAAAAGAGCAAGAUUCUCUCUAAAGAGGAACAGAGGGUGGUUGCCUUCCAUGAGUCUGGACAUGCGCUAGUGGGUUGGCUGCUGGAGCACACAGAGGCUGUUAUGAAGGUGUCCAUUGCCCCUCGGACAAACGCAGCUUUGGGAUUUGCUCAAAUUUUGCCUCGUGACCAGUAUCUGUUUACUAAAGACCAGCUGUUUGAGCGGAUGUGCAUGGCCCUGGGUGGAAGAGCUGCCGAGGCCAUAACCUUCAAUAAGGUCACAACAGGGGCUCAGGAUGACCUGCGCAAGGUGACACGUGUGGCGUACUCCAUGGUGAAGCAGUAUGGAAUGUGUGACAGCGUUGGCCAGGUCUCUUACCCAGAGUCCGAGGAACAAGGUGCUGUUGGACGUCGGCCGUACAGCCAGGGUCUGCAGCAGCAGAUGGAUCAUGAAGCACAGAUGCUCAUAGCUCGUGCUUACCGGCACACAGAGAAACUGCUGCAGGACAACAAGGACAAGCUCUCUUUGUUGGCUAACGCUCUGUUAGAAAGAGAAGUGGUGAACUAUGACGACAUUGAAGCUUUACUGGGUCCUCCUCCUCAUGGCCCGAAAAAGAAGAUCGUCCCUCAGAGCUGGCUGGAGGCUGAGCGAGACCGACAAGACAUGGCUGAUGACUCACCUCCACCAGCCCCUCGCAAACAAAGAGAAGAGGACAUGAAUUCAGAACUGAUCUGAGCUGUGCUGCACUUGUCUCUGGAGAGAGCUGAAAUGUAUGAAAUCCUAUGCUUUAGUCCAUAUUAAAUUAGGAGAAGUAAUAUUAAAUUAUGAGUUGUCAAAGAAAGAGA